CCAAAUGACGCUGGACCCUCAGACUGGAUCUCUCUUCAUUCAACAAACCAGACCUGAACACACUGGAUUAUAUAAGAUAGAGAUCUAUAGAAAUGAUUAUUCAACAUUCAGACUCUUCAGGCUUAUCGUCUGUGCAGAUCUAUACUGAUGUAGAAAUCAACACACUGUAAUGUCAGGAACAAGACCUUCUAGUGGAAUUAAUGUACAGAGUUCAAUCAUUCUGUUACAACACAGAAGGGACAGAGACAGUCUUUCACAGGAGAUGGAGCUUUAUUGAGAACCAGUAUGAGUUGUGGCAGAAGUGCAGGUGAGUAAUACGUGAUACAGUACAGAUUCUUGAAGUGCUGGGUGAUGAUGGAUUCCUUUGUGUUUGCAGGUGGAGUCGAACUUGGAGUUGGAGACGAAGGAGACGCUGGAGACGAGGAGCACUCACACAGAGAGGAGAUAACACACGAGGAGAAUUCAGGAGACAGGUAAGUAGAUCACUGGGAGUCCUUAAGGUAAGCAUACAGGUAAGUUAAUGCAAACAAGACCGGACAUCGAGUGGUGUGUGUGAGUGCUCUUUAUGCUGGCUGUGAUGAGGUGCUAAAUGAGGUGCAGGUGUCUGUGAUCAGUACUCUGGUGGCUGGGUGCGCUGUGAUUGGUGAGCGGUGGAGCCUGACGUGUCUGUGACACGCUGGUAGAUGACCGGGUUGAUCUGCUUGGUGAUCAUGAAUGGGCCAAUAAACCUGGAACUCAGCUUCUUGCAGGGCAGACGCAGUCGGAUGUCUCGUGUGGACAGCCAGACCUUCUGUCCAGGUUGGUAGGUGGGAGCGUGGGAGCGACGAAGGUCGGCCGUCAUCCUGCGUCUGCGCAGGGCUCGCUGCAGGUGGUGGUGUGCUGAGUCCCAGACCCUCUCGCUCUCUCGGAACCAGUAAUCCACAGCUUGGACGUCCGAUGGUUCCCCAGUCCAUGGGAACAGUGUGGGUUGGUAGCCGAGCACGCACUAGAAUGGAUUGAGUCCGGAGGAUGGCUGACGCAGGGAGUUCUGUGCGUACUCGGCCCAACCCAAAUACUGGUUCCAAGAGUCCUGGUGGUCGUGACAGAAGGUACGGAGGAAGCGGCCGAUCUCCUGGAUCUUCCUCUCUGUCUGCCCGUUCGAUAGACUGACGGUCACACCUAGGAGCGAGUGGAAGGCCUUCCAAACCCGGGAGAUGAACUGGGGUCCUCUGUCCGAGACGAUAUGUACCUGAACACGUGAUUGAACAUUAGUUCUGCUGUCUCCAUGGCAGUGGGCAAACCUCUUAGUGGAAUUAGGCGGCAUGACUUGGAGAAUCGAUCAAUGAUGACUAGGAUGCAGGUACAACCCUCGGAUGUGGGCAGAUCGGUGACAAAGUCCACUCCUAGGUGUGACCAUGGUCGGUUGGGAACGGGCAGAGGAUGGAGCUUGCCAGAUGGAAGAUGGCAUGGGCUCUUGGAAAUGGCACACUCCCUGCAGCCCUGCACGUACCUUCUGACAUUGGAUGCCAUACUCGGCCACCAGAAGGGUUCCCUUAGCAAUGAGAGGGUUUCAUUGACCCCUGGGUGGCCAGUGCCAAGCGACAAGUGGGCUGAGUGAAUCAGUGGAGUGUGUCGUGCUCGAGUGAUGUAUAGCAAGCCAAGUGGGCAACCCGGCGGAGGGUUAGUAGAGGCAUUGGAGGAGGGGAUGGUCUCCUCCGACCAGGAGAUGGGACUUACGAUGAUGGAGCUUGGAAGGAUGGCUUCUAGCUCAGUGGUGGUUUCUUCGGGAGAAUGAAGAUGAGAGAGGGCAUCUGCCUUUACGUUUUUUGACCCAGGGCGAUAGGAGAUAGUAAAAUCAAACCGGGAGAAGAACAGGGCCCAGCGUGCUUGUCUGGGGUUUAACCUCUUGGCAGCUCGUAAAUACUCAAGGUUCUUAUGGUCUGUUAGCACGAGGAACUGAUGUUUGGCUCCCUCCAGCCAAUGCCUCCACUCUUCUAGAGCCAACGGCUAGGAGUUCUCUGUUUCCAAUGUCGUAGUUGACCUCCGCCGGGUUUAGCUUGCGGGAGAAGGCGGCGCAUGGAUGGAGCCUACUUGGUGUCCCCUGCUGCUGAGACAGGACGGCUCCCACUCCUGUGGUGGAGGCGUCCACCUCUACGACGAAAGGGAGCUCUGGAUUGGGGUGGACGAGGAGGGGAGCGGUGGUGAAGGCUUCUUUGAGGCUUUCAAAGGCGUUGGUGGCAGCUGGAGUCCAGGACAGAGACUUGGGCUGGUUACGGAGCAGGUUGGUGAGUGGAUGGGUGAUGGAACUGUAAUUCUUGAUAAACCGUCGAUAAAAGUUUGUAAAGCCAAGGAAGCGUUGGAGUUCUUUGAUGGAUGUUGGAGUGGGCCAGGUCUCGAUGGCGUGCACCUUCCCCUCGUCCAUCCGGAUGCCACUGUGAUCUAUGAUGUAUCCGAGGAAGUGGACUGAAGACUGAUGGAACGAGCACUUUUCAGCUUUUAGGAAGAGAUGGAACUGACAAAGCCGUUGGAGGACCUCCACAAAGUGGUGGCGAUGUUCGGCCAGGCUCCGGGAGUAUAUCAAGAUGUCGUCGAUAUAUACCAGCACAAACUUGUGGAGGAACUCCCGGAGCAGAUCAUGUAUGAAGUCCUGGAAUAUGGAGGGGGUGUUGACCAGGCCAUAGGGCAUCACAAGAUAUUCAUAGUGGCCGGUGGGCGUGAUGAAGGCGGUCCUCCACUCGUCCCCCUCGCGUAUCCGAAUGAGGUUGUACGCGCUGCGGAGGUCCAACUUCGUGAACACCGUGGCACCACGGAGAUGUUCCAGGCCCGCUGGGACGAGAGGAAGGGGAUAACGGAACUUAACUGUGAUCUUGUUUAGUGAGCGAUAAUCAAUGCAGGGCCUCAAGCCUCCGUCCUUUUUUGCCACAAAGAAGAAGCUCGAAGCAGCAGGGGAAGUAGACGGGCGGAUGUAUCCUUGAACAAGGGCCUCUUUGAUGUAUUCCUCCAUGGCCUUCUCCUCCGGUAUGGAAAGGGGAUAGAUUUUACCCCUAGGCACUGGCUCACCCAGAAGCAGAUCGAUGGCACAGUCCCAUGGCCGGUGUGGAGGCAGCUUGGAGGCUCUCUGCGGGCAGAAGACGUCGCUGAAGGGGGCGUAACACUCUGGAAUGUCGAUGGAACGUUUCUCGACUGGACUCUCUAUGGAGGUGGCACAAACGGAGAUGUCAUGAGAGGAUGGUACUCGAGGGACUGGAAGGUCAGAGAAGCAGUUGGAGAAACAUGUUUCGCCCCACUUCAGGAUCUCGCCGGUUUUCCAAGAGAUGGUUGGGUUGUGCUGCUCCAACCAGGGGUGCCCUAAUACCACGUCAGAGGUGGAUUCCUCCAGAACCAGCAGAUGUAUAUCUUCUAGAUGGAGUACACCGACUCGCAGUUGGAUGGGGCCCACACAUCGGCGCACACAUCUUCGGCUCAGAGGCUUUCCGGUUAUUGAGUGGAUCUGGUAGACGGACGGAGAAGGCGUAGUCUUGAGCUUGAGCUGCCGGCAGAGGGCGCCGGAGAUGAAGUUGCCGGCUGACCCUGAAUCGAGGAGCGCCACCACUGGAAGGGAGACAGCAGCGGCAGUAAGAUUGACAACAGUGGUGAGUGGUUUCAUUUUAUUGAUAGAAGGAAUAAUGGCACUCACCAUUGGGCGAGGUGGACGAGUUGGGCAUGCAGAGAUGAUGUGCCCAGGUAAACCACAGUAUAGGCAGAGAUUCAGGGUCAGACGUCUUUGUCGCUCGGAGGGAGUGAGUCUGGAAUUGUCGACGUUCAUGGGUUCGUUGGCUGGUUCUGGAGGGCUGACGGGUUCAGGCCGGCGGAGGAGGUGAUGGAAGAGUGACUGGUCCUGGUGUUCUUCAAUACACGACUGCAUACGGGAGGCGAAGCGGAUGGAAAGCUGGAUGAAUCGCUCGAGGCCUAAAUGAGGUGCAGGUGUCUGUGAUCAGUACUCUGGUGACUGGGUGCGGUGUGAUUGGUGAGCGGUGGAGCCUGACGUGUCUGUGACACAUUCUUGACUGAACGUGUUCAAAUGUGUCUCUAUUUUAUCAAAGCUGUAAGACUCAAAAAGGUAAACUAAAGUCAACUGUAAAUACAGGCAGUUGCAGAUUAAUUAAUGAAUAAUGAAUAAUAAUUCAUUUAUUUGCUUAUUUUUGUCUUUUGUCAGACCUGGUUUGUGGUGUUUCAGACAGAUGUGGUUCCUCAAUGAAGCAGCUUCAGACAGUCUUCUUUCAUAUGCUGUUGUCUGUUCUGAAACUGUUCUUCACACAGACUGUGUUUCUUCUGUCUGCAGGAUUGUUUGAUCAACUUUAUCAGUCACAAUCCUCCUCAUUAUUCCUGAUCAUUAUUGAAUUGCAGUACAGUCAUUAUCUGAUCACAAAUCAAACAUUCAGAACCACUUCUUCACACAAACACAAUUCAACACACUCAUAUUUCAUGUCAUUUGAGUGGAUUUUUAUUCUUAGAAACACAGACUGGAGUUCAACACAGUUUCAUCAGUCAAACACACAUGAGCUGUAGAGAUUUAUACUUACAUUCAGAUUUCUACAAUGACAAGUUGAGCUCUUUUCAACUUAAAAUAGAGUAAAUUAUAUGUUUGUGAUCCAGUAUGUCAGGUGUGAUAUGACAAUGUUUCUUCUGUUUAUUUCUGCUGCUGUUGGUUUUCUGGUUCUGAUUUCUCUUCUGUAUUUUUCUCUGUUUCUUUGACAGAUGAAGAGAAGUCAGUGCCAGUGAUGAUGUGGGCGGAUGUGACUCUACGUGUCAAUCCUGAAAUACAGACAGGAGAUGAGAUAUUCUGGAUGUUUGGAGAUGACAACUGUCUCUUAGCUAAAAACACAGAAGAAGAGUGUGAAGAAGAGGCUGAGUACAGUAAUUAUAGAUUUAAACCUGAUGUGGAUCUGAAUCCUCAGACUGGAGAUCUCACCAUCAAGACAAUCAGUAUUUCCAACACUGGAGAAUACAAACUAAAGAUCAUCAGAAAUGGCAAAGCCUCAUUCAAGUUAUUCAGAGUUACUGUUUCUGAACAACAAGUGAAUAAAUCAGUGCUGAAGGGACGUUCUGUCACUCUGGACUAUUAUACUGAAAUACAGAAGGAUGAUAAAAUAAAUUGGAUGUUUGGAACUGAAGAGAAACUCAUAGCUGAAAUGACUGGAGAGAACCGUGAGAAUCCUCAAUGGUCUGAUGAUGAAUUCAGAGACCAAAUGAAGCUGGACCCUCAGACUGGAUCUCUCAUCAUUCAACAAACCAGACCUGAACACUCUGGAUUAUAUAAACUAGAGAUCAAUACCAGUGAUUAUUCAACAUUCAGACUCUUCAGUCUUAUUGCCUGUGAUGAAAUAAAUUCAGUGUCAGUGAUGAUGUGGGCGGAUGUGACUCUACGUGCCAAUACUGAAAUACAGACAGGAGAUAAGAUAUUCUGGAUGUUUGGACAUGACAACUAUACCUUAGCUAAAAACACAAAAGAUGAGUUUGAAGAAAAGUUUAAGCACUAUCAUUUGAAAUUUGAAGGUGAAGUGUAUCUGAAUCGUCAGACUGGAGAUCUCACCAUCAAGGAAACUGAAACUGACCACACUGGAGAAUACAAACUAAAGAUCAUCAGAAAUGGCAAAGCCUCAUUCAAGUUAUUCACUGUUACUGUUUCUGGACAAGUGAAUAAAUCAGUGCUGAAGGGAGAUUCUGUCACUCUGAACUAUGAUACUGAUAUACAGAAGGAUGAUAAAAUACAGUGGAAGUUUGGAGAGAAACUCAUAGCUGAAAUGAAUGGAGAGGACUGUGAGAACCCUCAAUGGUCUGAUGAUGAAUUCAGAGACCAAAUGAAGCUGGACCCUCAGACUGGAUCUCUCAUCAUUCAACAAACCAGACUUGAACACUCUGGAUUAUACAAGAUAGAGAUCAAUACCAGUUAUUAUUCAACAUUCAGACUCUUCAGGCUUAUCAUCUGUGAUGAAGAGAAGUCAGUGCCAGUGAUGAUGUGGGCGGAUGUGACUCUACGUGCCAAUCCUGAAAUACAGACAGGAGAUAAGAUAUUCUGGAUGUUUGGACAUGACAACCGUCCCGUAGCUAAAAACACAGAAGAAGAGUGUGAAGAAGAAAUUUCUUAUCGUGAGUCUGAGUACAGUGAUAUUAGAUUAAUAGCUCAAAUGGAUCUGAAUCAUCAGACUGGAGAUCUUACCAUCAAGACAAUCAGUAUUUACCACACUGGAGAAUACAAACUAAAGAUCAUCAGAAAUGGAAAAUCCUCAUUCAAGUUAUUCAAAGUUACUGUUUCUGAAUAUCAAGUAAAUAAAUCAGUGCUGAAGGGAGAUUCUGUCACUCUGAACUAUGAUACUGAUAUACAGAAGGAUGAUAAAAUACAGUGGAAGUUUGAAGAGAAACUCAUAGCUGAAAUGACUGGAGUGAACCGUGAGAAUCCUCAAUGGACUGAUGAAUUCAGAGACCAAAUGAAGCUGGACCCUCAGACUGGAUCUCUCAUCAUUCAACAAACCAGACCUGAACACUCUGGAUUAUAUAAACUAGAGAUCAAGACCAGAGAUUAUUCAACAUUCAGACUCUUCAGGCUUAUCGUCUGUGAUGAAGUGAAGUCAGUGUCAGUGAUGGAGGGGGCAGAAGUGACUCUACGUGUCAAUCCUGAAAUACAGACAGGAGAUGAGAUAUUCUGGAUGUUUGGAGAUUACAACAGUCUCGUAGAUAAAAACACAGAAGAGAAGUGUGAAGAAGAGUUUUGGUACAGUGAUUUUAGAUUAAUAGCUAAAAUGAAUCUGAAUCGUCAGACUGGAGAUCUCACCAUCAAGGAAACUGAAACUGACCACACUGGAGAAUACAAACUAAAGAUCAUCAGAAAUGGCAAAGCCUCAUUCAAGUUAUUCACUGUUACUGUUUCAGAUUCCACAGAAAAAGAAAAGAAUGAAUCAGUGACUCUAGAGAUGAACGCAGAGGAUCGGGAUGGAGUGAAUGAGCAGGAGGGGACGAGUUCACUUUAAUGAGAUUAGACACGCCCACCAGCGUCAAUCACUCUGACAUCAUCAACACUUCAGCUCCAACAACAAAAACACAUUUCUGCUUUCAUAAUCCUCUAGAAUCAGUGAAAGAGAGAAAUGAACCCGUGUCUGUUGAGAUGAUGAACCUGCAUGUAGAGGUGUUCGAUUUCAGGUUUUUUGGAGUCGACUCCGAAUCCCACUGUAAGACUCCUCGACUCCAUUUACUGUACCUUAAAACAGUCGUAAAUAAGCCAAGAUGGCAGUUCUUACACACUUAAUUUAUUUUUCCCCGACGCAAAGCCUUAAAAUCCCCUCAUAAAAACAACAUACAUUUAGUGAGACUGUCCAAAUUAGUCCAAUUUAGAGAUGAUGAGUAGCCUAUCAAUGUUGCUAAUUGCCGAAAAGUCACGAAAAACAUCUGCGGUCGAAUAUUAUGUCAAUAUUAAAUAAACGAGAAAGCAGGGAUUCUUUAAUGAAUUCAUCUCAUUAUAAUGG